AGCAGAAGCCUCAUGCAUGCACUAAUGCUCGCACUUCUUCGAGAGACGUAGAGUUUGUGUCCCAUGUGACUUGUACACUUCCUCCAAACGAUACUUUCUCUCUGUCUUUGCUGAAACAGGUUUUGAGCAGUUUUUUAACAUUUUGGAAUACGACAGAGAACCAGUAUCACAGCGAUGCAGAAGCAGCCAGCAAUGGUGCUUCCUGGAGCCGUUCAGAUGAGAAUAAAGAACUCUCAAAGCAGCUCCGGAGAGAGACUCAGCCAGACAAAGUCUAUGGUCCUACCAGAACCUGACACACUACAGAAACCUAUGAACCGUCACCGGAGGAACCAGUCUCAGCAUAACGUUGAAGGCUCUGUCGGGCUGCAGACUAUUUUAAAAGGAGAAUAUCUGAACAAAGCCAAAAUUUCUGAAGGAGGAAAGAAAUUACGGAAAAACUGGACUUCAACCUGGGUUGUUCUUUGCUCCAAUCAGCUGUUGUUCUAUAAAGAGAGCAAACAAGAAGCCGUCGCAAAUUUGAAACCAGGUGGUAAACCAGAUGGUGUGGAUCUGUGUGGGGCUAUAAUCGAGUGGACAACAGAGAAAUCCAGUCGAAACGUGAUUCAGAUAACCACCUCAAAUGGUCAUGAGUUUUUGCUGCAGGCGGAUCACUUUCCAACCAUCUCUAAAUGGCACGAUGCCAUCAAGAAAGCAGCGGACAGUCUGUCGAGUGGAGCUGGAGGCCAGAGCUGUGGUAGAGCAGCCCUUCACAGGUCCAACAGCAUAGAAUGCUUGUCCAGACCAACCUGUGAACCCACCAAACCUAAAUCGAAAGAGACCAAAUCUGAACACAGACGCUCCAUCAUGUUCAAGCUGAAUUACAGCGCCUCAGACAGCGCCGACAAGAAUGGAGUUAAGAACAGACUGAAGAAGUUCAUCUCCAGACGGCCCUCCAUGAAAACGCUACAGGAGAAAGGCCUUAUUAAAGACAGAGUGUUUGGAUCUCACAUACUGACCCUGUGUCAGAGAGAAACGACCACAGUGCCCAAAUUUGUGAAGUUGUGUGUUGAGGAAGUAGAAAAGCGAGGCCUGGAGGCUGAUGGGAUAUACAGGGUGAGCGGCAAUCUGGCCAUCAUCCAGAAACUACGCUUCCUAGUUGACCAAGAGGAGGAGCUUGACUUGGGCGACAGCCAAUGGGAGGACAUCCAUGUCAUCACCGGAGCGCUAAAGAUGUUUUUCCGUGAACUGCCAGAGCCCCUGUUUCCCUUUCGUUUUUUCGACUUGUUUGUGGAAGCCAUCAAAAUUAAGGAGCCCACACAGAAGGUUCAAGCCUUAAAGAAACUGAUCCAUCAACUCCCCAAACCCAACCACAACACCAUGAAACUGCUCUUCCAUCACCUGAGGAGAGUCUUGAUGAAAUCAAAGAAAAACUUGAUGUCGACUCAGGGCAUCAGCAUUGUGUUUGGACCGACUCUCAUGUGGCCCGAGUUUGAAUCCGGGAACAUGGAAGUCAAUAUGGUGUAUCAGAAUCAAAUAGUGGAGUCCAUUCUCAUCGAAUGUGUGGAGAUCUUUGGGAGCGGAGGGCAUGUAAAGUCAGCCCAGAAUAUUCUGGAAAUAAGAAACUGAAAAUGAAAAAAAAAGAAUGUGUGUUUGUGUGUGUGCUGGCUGGAUGUUACAAUGAUGUAAAAUUGUUGUUUCUGAUUUUUUCAUAUUUGCUUCUUGGAAAAAAAAAAAAAAA